AUGAUUUUCUUCUCUCUCAUUUUCGUUUUUUUUUCGUUAGUAUUUUAUUUAUAUCUCUUCGAUACACGCUCUCUCAUUCUUUUCUUUCUUUCUUUCUUUCUUUCUUUCUUUUUUCCUUCUUUUUUCUUUUCUUUUUUCCUUCUUUCUUUCUUUUUCUUUCUCUCUUUCCUUUCUUUCUUUCUUUCUUUCUUUCUUUCUUUCUUUCUUUCUUUCUUUCUUUCUUUCACUUACCAUAAGCAAUUCUGCUCUUUGUUGGGUAGAAUUUUUAACCUAGGCGUCGAAACCCGUGCCAAUCCUCUUUUGGUCCAAGAUCCUAAUCUAUCUAUCUAUCUAUCUAUCUAUCUAUCUAUCUAUCUAUCUAUCUUAUUUUUAUCUAAAUUCAUUCAUUAUCUAUCUAUAUAUCUAUCUAUCUAUCUAUCACAGUUUCUUCAAUAUCUAUCUAUCUAUCUAUCUAUCUAUCUAUCUAUCUAUCUAUCUAUCUAUCUAUCUAUCACAGUUUCUUCAAUAUCUAUCUAUCUAUCUAUCUAUCUAUCUAUCUAUCUAUCUAUAUAUAUAUCUAUCUAUCUAUCUAUCACAUUAAUCAUUAUCUAUCUAUCUAUCUAUCUAUCUAUCUAUCUAUCUAUCUAUUCUUAUCUUACGUUAUCUAAAUUAAUCAUUAUCUGUCUAUCUAUCUAUCUUUUCUUAUUUUUAUCGAAAUUCAUUCAUCAUCUAUCUAUCUAUUCUUAUCUUACUUUAUCUAAAUUAAUCAUUAUCUAUCUAUCUAUCUAUCUAUCUAUCUAUCUAUCUAUCUAUCUAUCUAUCCUUAUCUUGGAUAAUCAUUAUCUAUCUAUCUAUCUAUCUAUGAUUUUAUAUAAGGUUGUUCAUUAUCUAUAA